CCUCCUCCACUCCCCCCCUUUAUUACCCUUUGUGUCAUCCUCCACAGCUCCAGGGAAGGCACUCAAAAGUGGGGGGCAGGAAAGAUAACUUCUACAAGAACCUGUGUAUCGGAUCCUAACUAAAUCAAAAUGUUUGAAAUCAGAAGAUCAUGAUCGAACAACACUUUGAGCUGUUAGCUGUUACUACUGUGUAGUUACUUUCAUUACAGGUGUGUGACUGACAGGUGCUUCCCUGGCUGAGCAUUCCCCUCAGCCGACAAGACUUUCUACAAGCUGGUGUUUACAAUAAAUUCUGGGUUGGAUCCUGUAAUAUUUAAAUCUUAGGAAAAAAGGUGCUUUUGAAUGUGUGUAGUUUUCAGAGGAAUUAAAAACAGAAGAGAAAAGGACAACUUUGGGAGAGCAUCAAAGAUGUCCACUUCUGCCUCCGUAAGAUAGCUAUUGCAGGCUGUGUGGUGGAGAAAAUACCUAUAGAAAUUAAGACACUCAAGCGCCACAGAAAUAUUACAAGAAAUCAAGAGCACAGAAUAUUUCCUUCCAUCAAUCCUCAGAACCCUGAAACAUUUCUAACUCCAUCAAACACAGAGCACAGAGGAAGGCCCACCUUGGCAGAUGGCCACAGAGGAUGUCAACAAUUUCUUGGAGAGAGAAGCAGCACUCCCUUGCUGAGCACAGUGCCCCUGGACACUUGCCACCAUUACACUGUUGGAGCUCACGCUUGCUAUGCUUGUCCCAGUUUCUCUCCAGAAGAAGUUGGAAACCUAACCGCCUACAGAGGCCAGAAUGGUGGAAUGAAACAGGAAGCCGCUGAAGGGAGCUGGAAAGCCAAGCCCUUUCUGGAGGAGCAGCCCCUGCUCUGUUCCAGAUAACCGUGGCGAGGCAGAAAUGUUGACUCACUCUUACCGCACUCACUGUCCAGUUUCUCAGGCUAUAUCAAUGGAAUUUUGAAGACAUGAAAACAUCAGAUGAACCAGCCUGCAACACCUUGGAUUCCCAUUGGAAAAUGAAGUGGAAGCUUAAAGCAUGUGGCCUUUAACGGCGGGCAGUACUGGAGACAUUACCUGGCUGCUGGUGUCAGGACAGACCGGUGUCUAGAUAGUCGAGGUUAUUUUAGUCCAGUAUCAAGGUUCAAGGCAAAAUGUGCAACUAAAAACUUUUCAUCCCUUCCUCUUCUGCUUCAGACAGGUACCAGCAUAGGUGAAUUAUGAUUUUCCCUGGUUGAGAGUGUUUGGUUUUGCCUAUGUAGACCAUGCCUAGGAAUGAAAUACUUUUUUAUUUAAUGUAGAUUAUAAUGGGGAACACUUUCACAAUGGCUGAUUUCAAGGACUUGGUUCCAAACUGAGCCCAAGUUUCCCCGUGUACUUCGUAGUCCGGGAAAACUGUGCUAUGCUGGCCCAGUUUUGAAGGCCACCAUGCUCUGUAAUAGACGGAUAUCAUCUUAUUGCUGAUAUCUUUGGAGCACCCAAGCAGACACAGAAAAUGAAUGGAGGCAAAGAGUGUGACGGAGGAGACAAGGAAGGAGGUCUUGCAGCUAUCCAGGUUCCUGUGGGUUGGCAGCGGCGUGUGGACCAUAAUGGCGUGCUGUACAUCAGUCCCAGUGGGUCUUUGUUAUCUUGCUUGGACCAGGUUAAGACAUACCUGCUCACUGACGGAACAUGCAAGUGUGGCUUGGAAUGUCCUCUUAUUCUUCCCAAGGUGUUUAAUUUUGAUCCUGGAGCUGCUGUGAAGCAGAGAACUGCAGAAGAUGUUAAGGCAGAUGAUGAUGUCACAAAGCUAUGCAUACAUAAAAGAAAGAUCAUUGCAGUGGCCACACUCCAUCAAAGCAUGGAGGCCCCGCAUCCUUCUCUGGUGCUCACCAGUCCUGGAGGAGGAACAAAUGCAACUCCAGUAGUACCUUCACGGGCGGCAACUCCAAGAUCAGUAAGAAACAAGUCUCAUGAAGGAAUUACAAAUUCUGUAAUGCCAGAAUGUAAGAAUCCUUUCAAGUUAAUGACUGGAUCAUCAAAUGCCAUGGGAAGGCUAUACAUGCAAGACCUGCCUGGAAGCCAGCAGCAGGAGCUCCACCCUGUCUACCCCCGCCAGAGAUUGGGCAGUAGUGAGCAUGGACAGAAAUCUCCAUUUCGUGGCAGCCAUGGAGGCCUGCCUAGCCCAGCAUCAUCAGGGUCUCAGAUCUAUGGAGAUGGCUCAAUCUCUCCAAGGACUGACCCGCUCGGAAGCCCUGAUGUCUUCACAAGAAAUAACCCUGGUUUUCAUGGAGCUCCCAAUUCCAGCCCUAUUCACCUAAAUAGGACUCCUCUUUCUCCACCUUCAGUAAUGCUACAUGGUUCUCCCGUACAGUCAUCCUGUGCAAUGGCUGGAAGAACUAAUAUACCUCUUUCCCCAACCUUGACUACAAAGAGUCCAGUAAUGAAAAAACCAAUGUGUAAUUUUUCAACUAAUAUGGAAAUACCACGAGCAAUGUUCCACCACAAACCACCCCAAGGCCCACCUCCCCCUCCUCCACCUUCUUGUGCUCUUCAGAAAAAGCCAUUAACAUCUGAGAAAGAUCCACUUGGCAUUCUUGACCCUAUUCCUAGUAAACCAGUGAAUCAGAACCCUAUUAUCAUUAAUCCAACCAGUUUCCAUUCAAAUGUCCACUCUCAGGUACCUGUGAUGAAUGUAAGCAUGCCUCCUGCUGUUGUUCCUUUGCCAAGUAAUCUCCCUUUGCCAACUGUAAAACCUGGUCAUAUGAAUCAUGGGAGUCAUGUACAAAGAAUUCAGCAUUCAGCUUCAACCUCCCUGUCCCCUUCUCCAGUGACAUCCCCAGUGCACAUGAUGGGGACUGGAAUUGGAAGGAUUGAGGCAUCGCCCCAAAGAUCACGCUCAUCUUCCACAUCAUCAGAUCAUGGAAAUUUCAUGAUGCCACCUGUAGGACCCCAGGCCACUUGUAGUGGCAUAAAGGUUCCACCUAGGUCACCAAGGUCAACAAUAGGUUCCCCAAGGCCAUCAAUGCCAUCAAGCCCUUCUACCAAGUCUGAUGGACAUCAUCAGUACAAGGAUAUCCCUAACCCAUUAAUUGCUGGAAUGAGUAAUGUACUCAAUACCCCAAGCAGUGCAGCUUUUCCUACUGCACCUGCCGGAAAUGGUUCUGUAAAGAGUCAGCCUGGUUUGCUGGGAAUGCCUUUAAAUCAGAUCUUGAACCAGCACAAUGCUGCCUCCUUUCCAGCAAGUAGUUUACUCUCAGCAGCAGCCAAAGCACAGCUAGCAAAUCAAAACAAACUUGCUGGUAACAACAGUAGCAGCAGUAACAAUUCUGGAGCUGUUGCCAGCAGCGGCAACACUGAAGGACACAGCACUUUAAACACCAUGUUCCCUCCAACUGCCAACAUGCUUCUCCCAACAGGUGAAGGUCAAAGUGGUCGAGCAGCACUAAGAGAUAAGUUGAUGUCUCAGCAAAAAGACUCAUUACGGAAAAGAAAGCAGCCACCCACCACAGUGUUGAGUUUGCUCAGACAGUCCCAAAUGGAUAGUUCUGCAGCUCCUAAACCUGGACCUGACUUGCUAAGGAAGCAUGGGCAGGGGUCAUUUCCCAUCAGUUCAAUGUCUCAGUUACUACAGUCUAUGAGUUGUCAAAGCUCUCACUUGAGUAGCAAUAGUACCCCGGGUUGUGGGGGAUCAAAUACUGCUUUGCCUUGCUCUGCUAACCAGCUGCAUUUUCCAGAUCCUAAUAUGAAUUCCACUGUUCUUCAGAAUUCACUGACACAGAGCAUACCUUUAAGAGGGGAAGCCGUGCACUGCCACAAUGCAAACACUAACUUUGUUCACAGUAACAGUCCAGUCCCCAACCACCAUCUUGCAGGUUUAAUAAAUCAGAUUCAGGCUAGCGGGAACUGUGGGAUGCUCAGUCAGUCGGGCAUGGCUUUAGGAAACUCAUUACAUCCCAAUCCACCUCAGUCAAGAAUUUCAACGUCCUCCACUCCAGUGAUACCAAACAGCAUUGUUAGCAGCUAUAAUCAAACAAGUUCUGAAGCAGGUGGUUCAAGCCUGCCGUCCUCCAUAGCUAUAGCUGGCAGCAACCACCCUGCCAUCACAAAGACAACAUCUGUUCUCCAAGAUGGUGUCAUAGUCACCACCGCAGCUGGAAACCCACUGCAGAGUCAGCUGCCCAUUGGGAGUGACUUUCCUUUUGUUGGCCAAGAGCAUGCCCUUCAUUUUCCAUCCAACAGCACCGCAAACAACCAUCUUCCACACCCCUUGAACCCCAGCCUCCUCAGCUCUCUACCUAUCUCUUUGCCAGUGAAUCAACAGCAUCUCCUAAACCAGAAUCUAUUAAAUAUCCUCCAGCCUUCAGCAGGAGAAGGCAAGUCUGAGAUCAACCUCCACCCUUUAGGUUUUCUCAACCCGAAUGUAAACGCUGCUUUAGCUUUCCUCUCCGGUGACGUGGAUGGGCAGGUAUUACAGCCUGUCCACUUUCAGCUCUUAGCAGCCCUGCUUCAGAACCAAGCCCAAGCAGCUGCCAUGCUUCCCCUGCCGUCUUUCAAUCUGACCAUCUCAGAUCUUUUGCAACCGCAAAAUACCCCUUUACCCUUAUUAACACAGAUGACAGCCCCACCAGACCGUUUGCCAAGCAAUCAGUCAGACAACAGCCGAGCUGAUACCCUUUUAGGCAGCCCCCUGGGAAACCCUUUAGCAGGCAGUGACACUACUUUUAACCCCCUGCUCCUCCCAGCUGUCACUGGGGCCUCAGGAUUAAUGGCCUUGAAUCCCCAGCUGUUGGGGGGUGUCCUGAACUCGGCAUCGGCCAACACCGCUAUUCAUCCAGAGGUUUCCAUAGCAACCUCCUCCCAGGCAACCACUACCACAACCACUACAUCAUCAGCAGUGGCAGCACUGACUGUCUCAACACUUGGUGGGACAGCAGUGGUGUCAAUGGCAGAAACAUUGCUGAAUAUAUCUAAUAAUGCUGGGAAUCCACCUGGUCCAGCUAAACUCAACAGUAACUCUAUGGUGCCACAGCUACUUAACCCUCUACUGGGGACAGGUCUGCUUGGUGAUAUAUCAUCCAUAAACAAUUCAUUGAAUAACCAUCAACUGACUCAUCUACAGUCGCUACUAAACAGCAAUCAGAUGUUUCCUCCAAAUCAGCAGCCGCAGCAACACCUUCUCCAGGGACACCAGAAUCUCCAGGCCUUCCAAGGACAACCCACAGUCCCUUGCCCAGCUAACAAUAACCCCAUGGCUUGUCUGUUUCAGAACUUCCAGGUGAGGAUGCAAGGAGAUGCAGCUCUUCUAAAUAAAAGAAUAAGCACUCAGCCUGGGCUCACAACACUUCCUGAAAACCCAAACCUUGCACUUCCACAUUUCCAAGAUACACCCUGUGAGCUGCAGCCAAGGAUUGACCUUGGUCAGCCUAUGAAGGACGGCCUCGUUAUGGGUGGCCAAGGAGAUGCCUCCGUAGACGCCAUUUACAAAGCAGUUGUGGAUGCAGCCAGCAAAGGAAUGCAGGUUGUCAUCACCACUGCUGUCAACAGCACGACUCAAAUCAGCCCUAUCCCAGCCCUGAGCGCCAUGAGUGCCUUCACUGCCUCCAUUGGUGACCCAUUAAAUCUGUCCAGUGCUGUGAGCGCUGUCAUCCACGGGCGGAACAUGGGAGGAGUGGAUCAUGAUGGCAGGCUGAGGAAUGCGAGAGGGGCACGGCUACCCAAGAACAUAGACCAUGGGAAGAACUCCAGCGAAGGAGACGGGUUUGAGUGUUUCAAGUCAGCGAGCUGCCACACAUCCAGAAAACAGUGGGAUGGGGAGCAAAGUCCCAGAGGGGAGCGCAACAGGUGGAAGUAUGAGGAGUUUUUAGAUCAUCCAGGCCAUAUCCACAGUAGUCCUUGCCACGAAAGGCCCAACAAUGUCUCUACACUGCCAUUUCUAGCUGGGGAACAGCACCCGAUACUGUUACCACCAAGAAACUGUCAAGGUGAUAAGAUUCUGGAGGAAAAUUUCAGGUAUAAUAAUUACAAAAGAACUAUGAUGAGUUUUAAAGAGAGACUAGAGAGUACUGUGGAGAGAUGUACACACAUUAACGGAAACAGACCUCGUCAGAGUCGGGGCUUUGGAGAGCUGCUAGGCACUGCAAAACAAGACCUAGUUCUAGAGGGGCAGUCUCCGGGUUCUUCAAAUAGUUUGGAAAGUUCUCUGGUCAAAGACUACAUCCAUUACAAUGGAGACUUUAAUGCCAAAACCAUUAAUGGGUGUGUGCCUAGUCCCUCAGAUGCUAAAAGCAUUAGUAGUGAAGACGACCUACGGAAUCCAGACUCCCCCUCCUCACAUGAGUUGAUACACUAUAGACCAAGGACGUUCAACGUUGGCGACUUGGUCUGGGGCCAAAUCAAAGGACUGACUUCCUGGCCUGGGAAAUUCAUAAGAGAAGACGACGUUCACAAUUCAUGCCAACAAAGCCCCGAGGAAGGGAAGGUGGAGCCCGAGAAGUUGAAGACUCUCACAGAAGGUUUAGAAGCCUACAGCCGCGUCCGGAAAAGGAGCAGAAAAAGUGGGAAACUAAAUAACCAUUUAGAAGCUGCUAUUCACGAGGCCAUGAGCGAACUGGACAAAAUGUCUGGGACUGUUCACCAAAUCCCACAGGGUGACAGACAAAUGAGGCCCCCCAAACCCAAGAGGAGGAAGAUCUCCAGAUAACAGAGACUGUUCCACUGACACACAGUGUUGAUCAAAGGAGCAUGUACAGACACACCUGUAUGUGGGUAUUGAUAUGACCACCGUUAGAUCAAUCUGUAAUCUACGGCAGAUAGCUACCACCACCACAGGGCCCUAAAGGGAACAGCAAUGGAGACAAGCAUUGAUCAGGAAGGAAAAUGAAUGUCAAAAGCAAAACAACAAUCAAAAUCCCUGUAUGAACAAAGCGGUAAAUGGUCACGUGAUCGCUGAGAACGUUUUCUAUUGUACUAAAAUUGUGAUUAUAAGAAAUAGUCCAAAUGUUUCUGGAGAAUUUUCAGUGUUGUAUAUAGAAAAUACAGAAUUUCAUGGCGAUAUUAGAAAUGUAAAUAUUGUACAAUAUUGUCAUGUACAAGCAUACUUAAUGCACACUUUAUCUUUUAUUGUACAAAGAAAUAGUGUACAAAAAUCUUUGGUUUCUAUGGAGUACACCUACCAGAGACUACCAGUGUAAAGUGAUAAAUAAAAAUACAACCUAAAUGCUUUUCUAUGAUAAUGUAAAAGAUGCUGGUUUUGUAUUUAAUGGCAGAGGAAAGGCAUGGUGAUGUAAUACACACAUCAUGGCAUACACUGCACACCACUGAGUGUUCAUUUAUAAUGUCUCUUUAAACGGCCCAGAAACACUAGACUGAGUUUUGGGUAUCUAGGAAGUCUCCAAAUUUCUGAAGAGAGAAAUGCUCGUGAGCCUAAAUCAAGGAUUCAGGACCUCAACCAUUUGUUGCAUCGUUAUUCUUUGACAGUUUUAUACAUUUCUAUAAUGAGUUUGAGCCACUUCCACUCCUCCACCUGCUCCUUCAUCUCCUCGCUCUUGCCAGUAAGUGUUCUCCUGCUUUGGUGUGUCCCUGGGCCUGCCCUGCAGAGCUUGAUCAGAACAUGUGGGGGUGGCGGGGUUGUACUGACAGCACAAGGGCAACUAGUCUCUGGCUACACCAGGAGGAAAAACGAGGAGGCUACCAAGCAAUCAUUAGCUGCUAACAGUCACUCAGGUGGAGUGGGGCCAUGUGGGCCCCUCCACCAUCCAUGGGGAAGCAGUGAUAUGCUCAGUUCUGUGUGUGUGUGUUGUGCAGAUAACCACAGCUGCAGUGAUUUCAUGGGUGAGAUGGUCCUGACACGUGCGGAGCACACUGGCCUAGCCUCUGGUCUUAUCAUCUCUCCACCCCCUUUCCUACCUUGGAAAGGUGAUAUGGAUCUCCCAUUCAGGGCACUUUUAAAACAGAAUAGGUUUUAUAAAAUUUAAAAAAAAAAAAAACUUAGAUGAACUACUUUACUCAAUCAUUUAUUUAGUAAGUCUUUGAUGGCUACCUGUUGAUCGUUUUCUGUCAGUGAUGCUCAGAAUCAGAUUUUGUUUGUUUGGGGGUUUUUUGCAUACAACAUCUGACAAAGUAAAACUUGGUAAAACUUCUCAUUUCUACACGUGGAGACAGAAGCGAUACUUUGAAACCAUCUACAGACAGAAGGAUGAUGACAGUUCAGUUUUUCCUUUUCAGAGUGGAAACAUAAAUCAAACCACAUUUUAUAUCAUUCGUCAGUACCAAUUUACCCAGAAGUGUGAAAGUGGCUUGCAAAAUUACGAGCAAUGGUAAUUUUUAUUAGUAUUAUGUAACAUAUCAGAUUUAUUUUAUUUAAAGAAUUAUUUAUAUCAUUCACAGAUUAUUUUUAUAUAUGCAUAUAUAUUAAUGUGGCUGAAAUAUGUGGGUUGAGUCUUAUUAAGCAAAUUAUUUAUGUUGCAUUAAAUAAGAGAAAUGUGAAAUAAAUAUAGAAAAUUACUCCAUUACAAGUAUACAGACUUAAAACUGAGCGCAUAAAGUACAGGGUAAUGAUCAAUAACCAAGGACAGUGUAUUGUGCGUGAUGGUGCCAUAAGCAAAAUUUCAGACAGCCUCAGUUAGAGAUUGUCAAAAGAAAGAAUUUGUUAUCCCUCUUUCUUGGAAUCAGCCUCCAUCCAAAACCCCAGCGAACACUGGCUGUCCUCUAGUCCUGCCCUCAGCUGCUGGGACAUUGUCCCCUACCAGGCUCUGGACUCCAAGAUGCUAUUCCUUUCUAACCCUCCUCCUCCUAAACUCCACAGUCCCAUCAGGUAACAGUGCUCCAGGAACUCAAGAUAAAAGAGACAAAGCUCAGAGUACACAGGACAUACACACAAGCGCACACACACACACACACACACACACACACACACACACACACCACCCAGGUCCCCCCCCCCCUUUUUUUUAAGACAAGGUCUCUCUAUGUAGCUCUGGCUAUCCUGGAACUUGCUAUGUAGACCAGGCUGGCCUGGAAUACGUAGAGAUCCUCCAGCCUCUGCCUCCCAAGUGCUGGGAUUAAAGGUGUGUGCCACCACACACAUCCUCCACCAGGCUCACUUUUGAUAGCAAAGUUCAGAGAUUUCCUCUCAGAUAUUUCUGUGUCUUGGUGUCUGUUCUGUCCUCACCUUGACCCUUAUCUUCAAGCCUGGAGGAAUGCAAAGAGCUGCAUCAGAACUUCCUUCCAUGGUACGUUCAUUGUUCAUUUUGUCCUCUGCGAAGGUGAGAUGAGUAUCAAGAGGGAGAGUCUCGUGUGUGGUCUGUUCUAUGUGUGCUUCCCAGAACUGUGAAGGGGCAGGAAAUGAAUUACAUUUCCUUUGGUAAUUUUCCUCAUUUAUUUCAAAUGAGGAAAACUUAACUAAGAAGGCCUUGUGUCAUGUAAUGGACUUGUGUUUGUUACAGGUUGAUAUAUUUGGUCUCUUUAAGCAACUAUUGUCUUGUCUUGUUUUGUUUUGUUUUGUUUUGCAUCAGCCUGCUUCAUCUUGUUUGUGUCCAUAGCUGUGUGUAUUCUCAGAUAGACACGGGCGUGUUUGUAUGCCUGGUGGGUGUGCAUGUGUGACCUGUUGCUGUACAAAAGACGAGUCAGCCUUUGCCCUUCCAUCUUUACUCGGCCACCCCUUCUUUGUGUAUUUCCAUGCGCACCAUGAUAUACUUUGCGUCAGGAAACCUUAUGAAUCUGUCUCUGCCGUGACCUCACAGUUGCUCGUGGCUUUGCUGCGGGUGCACAGUGAGGCUGAGCCUGUUCACACGGGGCUUCCUCUUUCUCGUACACUUCCAUGGCUUCAGAUAAGCAGGGAAUGUAAAUACUGUCAGGAUUUUGGGUCGUGCAAAGCUGUGACACUUUUUAAAAUGUUAUAUCUACCUUACAAUUAAAAAACUGGUAACUCA